AUGAGCACACCUUGUCCUGAUGAAAUAGAAUCAAAUCUUGAACGUCUUCUAUUUGUUUGGAGAGAAAAGCUGAAAACGGAAACCCUUCUUCAAAUUGAAAAUUUGCGCAAGCAUAUAAAAAAAGGAUGUCUCUCGGAAAUACCUGUUGGAUGUGGGACUGAAAUAAAUGAGCGACUUCACAGACAUCUUAACCGAUCAUUACUGAGCGGAGUAUCCAAAAUUGGACCUGAGUUGGCGGUAGCGGUAAUGGCGUGUGCUUUGUAUGCAUGGAAUUGCAAACGAAGAUUAAAAACAACCCUCAAUAAGAGAACAAUUCCGAUCACACCAAUUGAAUUAGAGCCUUUGGAGUCUUUAAACCAAGCGACCCCUUAUCUUCAGUCUCACAUGACGGCUGUGGAUUCUACGUCAACGUCAUUACCGGGUUCAAUAUCUGGAACUGUCUCUGAAAAUAGCAGUAAGGCUAGUAGAAUGCCAGGGACAUCAUCCGUUUUCGUCACAGUUAAGACUGUGGAAGAACUGGAAAACGAUUCCGUCUUGAACUACAUUUUGGAACGAGCGCUGCACAUACAAGAAUUUAUCACCAGUUGGACAACAAAAUGUAACAACAAAACAAUAGAUUUGAUUGGUCUUCUCUGGAAGAUAAACUUACCGGCAGCUAACCUUUAUGAACAGGAGUCAAAGUUAAACGUUAUGUAAUUAAAUUUGACCCCACAGCACAAAGAUAACCUGUUAAGAAAUCUCACAGGAUUUAAUCUUCAGUUGGACCCAAUUAACAAAGACGGAAACUGCUUCUUCAGAGCAACAGCCCGGCAGCUACAAAAACACUUGCAACGUUCGGAUUUGCAAAAUCUACAGCAUAUUUCCUCACUGGGGCUUGGAAUCAACGAGGAACGUGACACGGAAAACCUCAGACUACUUUUCGUGCGUGAAGUCACUGAAAAUCUCGAUGAAUACAGGGAGUAG